GCUCCCAGUGGCGGAGCGCCUUGGCUUUCGCCGCAGCCCUCGCCGCCAACGGCGCGGAUGGCGAGGGCAAACGCGGCCUGGUGGCGUGGGGGGGCCUCAUCACCGCCUGCGAGAAGGGGGAGCAGUGGCAGCUUGCCAUACACUUCCUGGGGGAUAUGUUGCAGCAGCAGGUUUUCCCGGACCUGAUCGCCUGCAAUGCGGCCAUCAGUGCUUGUGAGAAGGCGGCGCGGUGGCAGCCCGCACUGAGCGUCCUGCAGCAGAUCGUGGAGCUGCGCCUUUGCCCGAACGAGACCAGCUUCAACGCCGCGCUUAGCGCAUGCGACCGCGCGAUGCGGCAGGGAAUGGCUCUGGGCUGA